AGCAAUAAACUUCCAUGAACGAUCGUUCCACUUCAUAGAUCAUGAUCAUCGGUAAGCCUUCUCAGCCAAAUUCCAGACUCCAAAUAAUAAAAUAAUGUCCAAUUCAAAGCCAAGAACGGUAUGUUGCAUAGGCGAUAUUCAUGGAUACAUAACAAAGCUCCAAAAUCUGUGGACAAAUCUUGAAACCCUUAUCGACCCAUCAGACUUCAACUCUGCUCUCAUCAUUUUCUUGGGCGAUUACUGUGACCGCGGACCAAACACGCGAGAAGUCAUAGACUUCUUACUUUCACUGCCCUCAAAAUACCCCAGCCAAAAACAUGUCUUUCUGUCCGGAAACCAUGACCUGGCGUUUGCAGCAUUCGUCGGAGUGCUUUCGGAGCCGGUAAAUGGGGCGGAUUUCAAAGAGGGGUGGAAGGAAUAUGAACAAAAUGAAGAGAGAGAAGGUUGGUUUAAGGGUGAGGGAUAUGAGAGAAUGCAUUUGCAAGGAAGGAGAUGGGGUGGGCAUAUUAUGUUUAAGUUUAAUUCUGUUAAGGGGACUGAAUAUAAGGGCUCUAUUUAUGAUGCUGCUCCAACUUUUGAGUCUUAUGGGGUUCCUCAUGGCUCUGCUGAUUUGGUUAAGGCGGUACCUGAUGACCAUAAAAAAUUUCUGGCCAAUAUGGUUUGGGUUCAUGAAGAGGAUGAUGUCUGUGUAGAGUCUGAGGACGGAAUUAAACACUGUAAAUUAAUUGCUGUCCAUGCUGGUCUAGAGAAAGAAAAAAAUGUUGAUGAGCAAUUGAUGUUUUUGAAAGCCAGGGACACUGGAGUGUCCAAGGUAGAAGCUCUAAGCGGGAGGAAAAAUGUGUGGGAGAUACCGAAGGAACUAACUGAGAAACCAGUCAUUGUGGUCAGUGGUCACCAUGGCAAACUACACGUUGAGGGCGGUCGACUUAUUAUUGAUGAAGGUGGUGGAUAUGAAGAUAGGCCAGUGGCUGCAAUAGUGCUUCCCUCAAUGAAGAUUCUCCGUGAUACUGAUAAUUUGGUGAAAUAGCUUUGACUCUGAUGAUGAUGAUCAUAUAAUGAAGCAACUUUAUACUUGGACAUUAGCAAAAGCAUGCUGCCAUUUGUGUUUUCAUACUGGAAUACAUCAACUGCAUGCACAACAGGACUGUGUAUGCUAACCGCUGUUAUGCUUUUACUUAAAUCAUGAUACUUGUUUUGAAUUUAAUGUUGUGGGCUUUUGGAGAGGAAACUUUAAAUUGUAUAAUUUAUCAUAUCAAAUUGAAUGAAUAAGUUUAUAUAAUUUAUUUGUACA